UUAGUACUUACGUGUAUUAACUCAUUCACAGUGUGUUUGUAUGUAUUAGUGUGUCGAGGUGAGCUUGUUGGUGAUCACUUACGUGUACCUCAGUCGAAGUAGUGUACGGCGCGCAUAUAGUAGCGUUUAUUGACGCUCGCACAUGCGUAACUCCACACACAUACUUGUACAGGUAGAUAUACAUACGUGUAUAUACAUACAAACAGACCUACCCACACACAUUCACGCGUAAAGUUUAUAAUAUACACGUAACCCCUGUGUUAGUACACAAAGGUAUUACUAUGAGUGGCGACGACCAUUCUGCAGUCCGCAGUAAUCAGACGGAACCUCGACAGCAAACCGAUUCCGUUUCGAUCAAGGACGACCACUCACAUACAGCUCAAAUGCAACGUGUUAAGGCGGAUGGGGUUGCCGAUUCAGUUGAGCAAUUAAGCUCUUUGAGUGCCACCGUAGACAGUGGUACUAAUCCAACCGCAGCUGAAGCGAAACCAGAAGUCGACGGAACUGUAGAGAAAAUGAUUAGUACCACGGAGGAGGCCCUGGUGUCCAUUGACGACAAAAGUGGCACCAGUGCAAAGGCAGUUGACCCUCCCAAGAGUAGUACGAACAAGCGCCCGUACAACGACGAUGAUGUGGUUCAAGCGGUGGUCUCUGAGAGCGGCCAUGCUGAGAAGAAAGCUAAGACUGAACCUGUUGACCUCGACAAUGUACCGGUAGAUCUAAAUACGACGGAAACCGGUGAAAAGCUUAAGGAAGUGAGGGUGGAAGAUGAGCCUAUAGCAGACAAUAAGGUGCCGGUUGAAAUCACGAAGAACGCGAAAGGGACCGAAAGCGCUUUGGAUUUGGGUGCAAAGAUAAAAGAAGGUGCCAAGUUGGAGGUGGUGUGGCAAGUCACCAAUGACGAUGACGAGGAUACGGAAGUUCUCUUCAGCGGAACACUGACUAAGCGGCUCUCACCCGACCAAGGCGUCAACAAUUGGGCUACCUUCAAUCUGCGCUACAACGCCAAGGACGAGUUUCCUGCGUCUGAUCGAGUGGUGUGCUUCAACGAGGCGGCGGAACUGUACGACAUGGAAGACGGAGUAUAUAUGCAGUGGCACCAUCCAGGAUUUGCUGGAAACCAGACACUGAGUUUGCAGGAGAUAAUGGAACAGCAGUCCGCCUUAGAACAGUAUG